GAGAGAGAGAGAAAGAGAGGGCACUGGCUUUCAGCCCUAUUUCCUCAUCCUUUUGUCUUUUAUUCCGCAGAGAGAGAGAGAGAGCAACUACAGUCUACAGCAAAAGAAUGGACAGAUAGAGAUAAAUAAAUAUAUCUAUAUGUGUGUGUGUGUGUGUGUAUGCCUUUUAGCCCGAGAUGGAAAAGGAAAGAUGUGCUUACUGAUGAUGGCUUUUCGAACUCUUUGUCAAGCUUUCUGGUCGAUGUUGGAUUGAAGCCCAGAGUGAUGAAAAGGGCAAGAAAGACUUCGAUGGCGCUUCGGGCUUUUCAUCUCGCUCAGAGGGAGUAUUAGCGAAGAGUUGUUCAUCUCCAAGUUAGAAACCUAGAAAAAAUUAUGAUUUCGGCAGGGAAAACUGAAGGGGUUCAUUGGAUUUCUGGCAAUCUGGGUAUCGUUGAAUUGAUCAGUACUACUGCUAUCAGAGGUUGCUGAUAUUGGGUGGGGUUUUAAUCUGGUGGAGUGGAAGGCGAAGAAGAAGAGGGGCUUUCUGGGCUUGUAUAUGUUACCAGAAAUUUGUUGUUUACUGGUUCAGGCGUCGAUUCUCCUAUCUGACAAUCUGGGUAUUGUUGGAUUGAUCAGUUGGUAGCUUGGGAAAGAUCGAUGGGGAAGAAGAAGAUGCCAAAGAAGACGAAGGAACUAUCGGUAGCAAUAGCAGAAUCAUCGUCGAUAGGCACCGAGCAGCCGCAGCAACAGACUCCUAGGAAAAGGGGCAGACCGAGGAAAGUCGUCGAGAAAAUUGAGAGUGAAGAGAUGAUUAAUAAGGAAGAACAGAGAGAAGAAGCUGAAGUUGCAGCAGAGACGGACUCGAAGAAAGCAAAGACGAGCCAAAAAGAAGAAGAGGAGGAGGAGCCGAAGAUGCAAGGCGCGGCGGCGGGGGGUUCGUCUUCUGUGGGCGGCAAAGAGAGAGAGAAGGAAGAGCAGCAGCAGCAGCCGCCGCCAAGAAGCAGAGCUCGGCGCAAAAGCAAGCCCCGUAAGAGCAGCUGAAAGCCGAAACUCAAAUCAAUUGUCCAAAUCUGAAUUCUGGAAAACCUUUUAUUUCCUUUGUGUUGCUCAGAAACUGUCGUUAAUGGAGGCUGCUGUUGGAAAAUGGAGUCUUUUCUUUUUCUUUUCUUUUUCUUUUCUUUUUGGGUUAAAUAUUUUGAAUUGGGAAAAGUGGGUAAUAUUAUGAUUACUGGUUUGAGAAUUGAAUUGUGUUCAUUGUAAUUUGAUUCUGUUCUUGGUUUUGUAAAUUCCAAUGAAUGGGAGGUGAGAACUGGUACUGGUACUGGUUCUUCUUUAGGAAGAAGAAGAAAAGAAGCAGCAGCAGCAGCAUUAGGAGGAAGAAGAAGAAGAAGAAGAAGUCAGACGAGGACGACGUCGUUCCCCUGCCCAGCCAGCUCAACCUCCACGCCACUAUGGCUAUGGCAGAAAACAUUCUUGUAAUUUUCUGGGAGCUCCAAAAUUCCUUUCUCCACUCACACUUCUUCGAGCGUGCUUUCAUUCUCAAUUUCUUAAUCCAAGAGUGGGUAGGUAGCGAGCUGCUACUCGCUUGUGGCGAUGUUAAAUAAGUUUCAAUAAAUCUAAACUAGAAAGAAAAAGAAAAAGAAAAAAACCCAAGAGGCUUUGUUCGAUCUGUAAUGCACAUAAUAAACGUAUCUUGAA